UUUUUAAAAGCAAAUAAAACUCAAGUUUACGACUGCUCCAAACAUUACAAUUUAAGAGAUAUGCUUCCCCAUCUCUUGCUAUUCUUCUGAGCGAAGUCUACCGGCAACCGGCACUUUGCCAUCUCCAAAGGACUUCCCCGCCUGUACUAGUGGUUCUGACGAGUUGUUACGUCAUAUCGUAGACUCCGGAACUCAUCCUCGAAACCUCGUGUGUCUACCUCAUCGUAACUCUGUGCCGAAGUGUAUCGGUGGAAAAAUCAGUUACAACUUUUUUUCACCGGUUUGUGCGUUAAGUGGAAAACAAAAAUUCAGUUUAUGGCAAUAUUAUUGUGAGAAACAAAUGUGCGCGAAUGACAAUUUUUUCAAUUUUUCUCUGAAUGUUUUUUAAAGAGAAAAGGGGGAAAAUGUUUCGAGUUUAGUUAUGCAUUCUAAUAUUUAUUUAAAAAGAUUGCCUAAAUGCAGACGGCAAGGAUUGUGGCUUUUUCCCGCUUUACAGGCCCGCUACACGGACUUUUUGAAAGUUUUAUAAAUGCCUUUAAAAUGGCUAUUUUGUUUGGUCUGAUUACACUGGAAGCCUUGCUAUAUACAGUCGCCUCAGGUUUUCACGUUGAUACGAAGCAUCAGUUUGAUCUUAUAGAAGGACUUAGAGUUUUUAAUAAUACUUAUUCUGGCCUUACUGUAGUUGAAGGUAUUCAUCAUCUAUCUCCUGCUAUUCUUCUUCAAGGUGACUCCAGGCAUUUACAAAUGCCUGCAGAUAUGUUGCAGAAAAUUGCAAAUCAUUUGUCUGUGACAAAUGAGUUUAGUUUCAUAGCAACAUUAAAACAAGAGGAAAAAAAUUCUGGGACAAUCAUUUCAUUUGCUAACGGAAAUGAAAGAUUUUUGGAGCUUCAAAGCAGUGGUCGGAAAGAUGAAGUUCGUUUGCAUUACACUCACAAAAACUCUACUUUUGUUGAAACAUUCCCAUAUCAUUUAGCUGACAAGAAUUGGCAUGAAAUAGCUUUAAGCGUCAGUGGAAAUACUGUUAACUUAUAUAUUGAUUGCAAUCGUAUUUAUAGGCGAUUAAUUCAGGACAUUGAAUAUAAUUUUAGUGGACGAAAUAUUUCCUUAUGGUUGGGUCAAAGAAACGCACGUCAUUUUAUGUACAAGGGUUAUUUACAAGAUGUAAAAAUUGCUGCAGAAGCGCAUGGUUAUCUAAUACAGUGUCCAAAUCUAGAUACAGAUUGCCCAACAUGUGGUCAAUUCCAACAAUUACAAAAAUCUGUUCUUCAGCUAGAAAACCACAUCAAACUACUUACAGAACGGCUAGCUAACGCAGAACAUCAUAUUUCAUCAUUACAACAGUGUGAAUGCCAAAAAAGUUGCAUUUUCAAUGGUUCUACACAUCCCGAUGGUUCAACAUGGAAACAUGCAUGUGAUAUAUGCUCUUGUGUGCAUGGUGAAGUUAAGUGUGCGCCUGUUACAUGUGCGUCUGUUCAAUGUAAAAAUCCGGUUCAUGUUCCUGGAGAGUGCUGUCCGGUUUGUCUCAAAAAGUGCCUGUUUGAAAAUACUCUUUAUGACCAUGGUGAGAAGACCAGUCCUAUUAAAUGUGCAAAGUGUGAAUGCAUUAAUGGUAGUAUGCAUUGUAGACGAAUCGAUCCUAAAGUAAGCUGUCCUGUUCUAGAUUGUCCGGAAGAGGAGCAGUUUAGUGCUCCUGAUGAAUGUUGCAAUUUCUGUCCAGGUGUUGAUUAUUGUGGCAAAGGUCAUGACUGUCAUAGAAAUGCUUCUUGUAUGAAUCUGAAUACACAUUAUAAAUGCCAGUGCAAUAGAGGGUUCGAAGGAGAUGGUAGACACUGUACAGAUAUUGACGAGUGUCAAAGAGAAGGUGGACAUGAUGGUCAUCACUGUAGAGAAAACACGAUUUGUGUAAAUCUUCGAGGAGAUUACGUAUGUGAAUGUCUUCCAGGGUAUGGACGAGUUGAUAAAUUUAACUGUGCUGAGAUUGAUGAAUGCAGCACUGGUGAACAUUCUUGCCAUGAAAAUGCUCUAUGUUUAAAUACAGCUGGUAGUUAUACUUGCAAAUGUCAAGAUGGAUACUCAGGGGAUGGCUACGAAUGUAAACCUGUUUGCACUCAACAAUGUUUAAAUGGUGGUGAAUGUGUUGCUCCAGAUUUAUGCUCCUGCUUACCAGGUUACACAGGCACAAUAUGCGAAACAGAUGUAGAUGAAUGUUCACUUGGUCUUCAUGCUUGUCAACCCAACUCACAAUGUGUAAAUAUGCCUGGUUGGUAUUAUUGUGAAUGUAGGCCAGGUUAUGAAAGUCAUUCAGAUGAUAGCUUAGGACCUUACUGCCAAGAUAUUGAUGAAUGUUUGACUGGAAGCCAUACUUGCGAUCUAUCAAGUUUAUGUGUAAAUGAUGAUGGUGGUUAUCAUUGUGAAUGCUUAGAAAAUAGUUCCUGUUCAUUAAAUUGCCUCUAUUAUGGUGAAGAGCGCCUACAUGGGGAAAGUUGGCAGAGUGAAUCAUGCACAAUAUGUCAUUGUAAAAAAGGAAUAGUAUCUUGUGAGCCAGUUGAAUGUGAUUGUACAAAAAGAGAUUAUGAAUGUUGCCCUCACUGUGAUCAUGCAUCAACAUGUCAGCAUCAAGAAACAACGCAAUCAUUUCAUAAUGGUGAUCAAUGGAUAUACCAAUGUCAAACAUGCGAAUGUUUGCAUAAUGAAAUUGAUUGUUGGGACUUAGAAUGCCCUCCUGUUACAUGUGACAAUCCAAUACAGAGACCAGGUGACUGUUGUCCAAGAUGCGAGAGUGAUCCAUGUUUACUUAAAUAUAAUGCUACCCAUAGCCAAAUUAAAGGUUGUGCAUAUAAUGGUAUUGUUUAUAAACCUGGUGAAAAGAUACCUCUUGCUCAUGAUCCAUGUUCUUCGUGUCAUUGUCAAGUACCAUUCUGCCAACAUUCAGUGAGCAAUGUGGGCUAUAGUUUCCUUCGGAUGGAUUUUUGUGCUGCAAAUUCAAUACUACUUGCAAUGAUAAUAGUGAUAAUUCUAAAUCAUCUCUUCGAAUUAAUGACUCUAGUGAUAGUCAUGUUGCACAUAAUAGCAAUGUUAUUGAGAACUCUGAGGAGGAUAAAAAUCAUUCCAAAAAAAUUAACUCUCAAACAACUAGGAAACUCUUGUCUCUUCUUCUUACAGCACCUAAGAACUCCUCUAAUACUGAAUUUAUACAAAACAGUAUUAAGGAAAAUUAUUUAAACAGGAAUCACAAACCAAUGUUUGGUAAGAUGCAUUUGACUCCAUUGUUAAAAGGUGCUUCUGAGAAAGGUGCUAGAGUACAAAGCUCUCCAAGGGAUACUCACCUUUCCUAAAGAGCUGCGAAAUGUUCCUUCUGCCAGUAAUUGUUGGCAUGAACAGUCCACAAGAAAAAAAGCUUUGGGAAGGUUUUAUCAAAAUGAAAUGCAGUGCCAUAAAAAUUACACUUGAACAGAAAAAGACAUUCUUUGAAAAUACGUCUGCAGGGCAGAUGCUAGUAAAAUUCCAUUUGUUGUAAAAUUAUUCUAUAUUUAAUUCAUUUGAAGGUCAUUUCCAUUUGGAAAAAUUCUCACUCUACCAUACUUCAGUUUAGUGUUACAAUCAUAUUUGAUAUUUUUGCUGUUGUAUAAUUUCAAGGAGUUUUUAUAUGUUUAUUAUUAUGACUUUUAUUAUUGAGUAAUAAUUUGUAUAUAAAAUGUUGAUUGUUUGCCUAAACCAAUUUGUUACGUCCUAAUUUAUUUCUAAAUAUAAUAUAAAUAUAUUAUGACGAUAUACUGUAGCCAACCUAACAGUUAGGCUCAGUUUGUUAUGUACAGGGACCGCUUCUCAGGCUAUUUUGAAAUUUCCAGGUAUGGUUGAAUCUUUCACCUUACAAAUCAAGAGCUGGACUCUUGAGUAUAUAUUUUUUUUUCGUUUAUGCAUAAACAUCACCUAAACAGGGUUUGAGACUGUUAUUUCGUUGUGUUAGGACUAGUCAUUUUUUGUGACAACAUAUUGUUGUGAUUCUUUGAUUUAUUUCAAAGAUGCUGCGAACAGACACUUAAAUGCCUGUCAGAAUGUUGAUAUGCUUGUUAUAAA